AUGAUCUCGUGCGCAAAUUCAAUCACAACAAGGGUCUCGAAAAUAGAACACCUGGUAGAAAAUAUCGUAUCUGCAAAUGAAAAUACAUAUGACAAAAUAAAAAUCCUCCAAUAUAAAAGCAUAGACCAAGAAGCCAGAAGCCGCAGGAACAAUCUGAUAUUCAGGGGUAUCCCUGAAGUGUUAAUGAAUGAAAAGAGUGAAUAUGUCGUAGCUCGAUUCAUUGAGGAAAACCUUGACACUGAUGUCUCAGAGCUGUCUGUUGAUUCUGUCCAUCGCAUCGGCGCUCCCGCCCGAGGUAAAACCCGACCCAUCAUAGGCAAUUUCUCCAGCCAAAAAGAGAUUGAGCUGAUUCUCUCAAAAGCGUACUUGCUGAAGGGGAAAGAUUUUGGCAUCAACCGGGACUAUCCACCCGAAAUAGUACAGGCACGAUCCAGACUUUGGCCAACAUACAAAGAUAUGAAGGCCAAAAACAGGAAAGGAGCGGUGUUUAUCGGUUAUCCCGUGAAACUCAGAGUAAAUAAAAAGAUUAUUAGGGACGAAUUUCCGGUCUGGCGAGAAAUUAUGCAACAGUCGAGGGUUGAUGCCAGCAAGCCUGUAAGUCUCCCGGCAUUAUAUUACAAAUGUGGCAACCAGCAACAUGUUCGAAAUAUUGAUGGAGUCAGAAAACUCUGA